CCCGGCGGCGAGUGAGCAGGCGGCGCGCGCACACAGUCCUCGCAGCACUCGGGAACCCGCGGAGGGAGACGGAGCUCGCGCUCUUCAGUCAUGUGCAGGACUCCCCGGUGGAUUUGGGGAAACAGGUGAAUGGACCUUGCCGGAACCGGGGCCGCCGACCCGAACAGCGAAUGAGGAACCGCGGUGACGCGCCGGAGAGCAUCGUCUGUAGUGGAACCGCGAGCGCUCGCUGUCCGUCUGUCACGCCGAAGCUCGACGGCUCUCCGGGGAUCCUCCGCUCGACGAUGUAAACACUCGCCGCGGACAUCCGUGCGUCUUCCCCGCCUCGGAAAUACCAGCGCGUAGCCUGGUCAGCAGCAGCGGGAAUAACGCUCGUUAUCUGCUGGAACCAACAUAUGGCGCUUCACUCGGGCUGAACUUGAAGAACAUUUGGAAGUCAGCCUCCGACCAUUUUCAGAACGAGAGAUAUAUUGUGAGAGACAUGUAGGUGAAAGUGGGGGGUCUCAUCACGAGUCAGAGACUGGGUCUACACCACGACCAGGACACCCCAGCAGCCUCCAAGACUGAGGAACACAACUAAGGGGGUCAAAUCAGGGUCGGUGGGGGACCUCAGAAAGAAAGAGAGACGGGGACUGACGGAGGAGAGAAGGUGUGGAGGAGGAGGAGGAGGUGGGGGUCGAGGAGGAGUGGGAGAAGACCUUCUCCAUGGCUACUGACCCAGGGGAGCCCACAGGCACAGAGGACUCCUCAGAGAAACCUGAUGGGCCGAGGGAGGAGGACAUGGACCGGGAGGGCAGGACCACCAGGCAGAGGGAGAGGACUUACAGCACCCCCUCGGACUUCCCCUCCUCCCAGACGCAGGAGAGGAGAUCAGCCAGAGGACACGAUGGAAGGACCCCUGGUGGUGGAGAGUCCAGCAAGCCCGUGGUGGGCCCCCCUGUGAAAACCGUCUUCUUCUCCACACCCUCUUCACCCAUCGACAUCGGCCAGAAAUCUCUCAGGAGGGAGAAGCGCUUCUUCCGGAAGAGUGUGGAGAUCUGUGAGGAGGAGGAGGAGUUCCUUCCAGAUACUCCUCACAGUGCUCCUCACCAGCUGCACUCUUUCGACUCUGUCUUCACCGGCCGGGUCCUGCAGCACGGGGCCGCAUCCUGUGCCACCCUGAGCCAUGAACCCUCCUCCACCGCCUCCCAGCCGGAACCGAACAAGGGUGCACCAUCCUCACCAACACAGAAGGGGAAGGAGCGUGAUCGAGAGCAAGAGGAGGAGGCGGAGAUGAAAGCUGUGGCCACUUCUCCAGGAGGACGGUUCCUCAAGUUCGACAUCGAGCUGGGCAGAGGAGCCUUCAAGACGGUCUAUAAAGGUCUGGACACAGAGACGUGGGUGGAGGUGGCCUGGUGCGAGCUGCAGGACCGGAAGCUGACCAAAGCUGAGCAGCAGCGCUUCAAAGAAGAGGCCGAGAUGUUGAAGGGGCUCCAGCACCCGAACAUCGUCCGCUUCUACGAUUCCUGGGAAUCCGCCCUCCGUGGCAAGAAGUGCAUCGUGCUGGUCACUGAACUCAUGACCUCUGGAACCCUCAAAACUUACCUGAAGCGAUUCAAAGUGAUGAAACCAAAGGUACUAAGAAGCUGGUGUCGCCAAAUCCUGAAGGGGCUCCACUUCCUCCACACCAGAACGCCCCCAAUAGUCCACAGAGACCUGAAGUGUGACAACAUCUUCAUUACCGGACCCACCGGAUCCGUCAAGAUCGGAGAUCUGGGCCUGGCCACUCUGAUGAGGACGUCUUUCGCCAAGAGUGUCAUAGGAACCCCGGAAUUCAUGGCUCCAGAGAUGUACGAGGAGCACUACGACGAGUCGGUGGACGUCUACGCCUUUGGGAUGUGCAUGCUGGAGAUGGCCACGUCAGAGUACCCCUACUCUGAGUGUCAGAAUGCAGCUCAGAUCUAUCGCAAAGUCACAAGUGGAAUCAAACCGGCCAGCUUUGACAAAGUGGCCGAUCCGGAAAUCAAGGAGAUCAUUGAAGGCUGUAUUCGACAGAACAAGAGUCAGAGACUCUCCAUCCGGGACCUGCUGAACCAUGCUUUCUUUGGGGAGGACACGGGGGUCCGAGUGGAGCUGGCCGAGGAGGACACUGGCACCCAGGAGUGCUUGGCCCUUCGGAUUUGGGUGGAAGACCCGAAGAAGCUAAAGGGGAAGCACAAAGAUAAUGAGGCCAUCGAGUUUAGCUACGACCUGGAAAACGACAGCGCUGAGGAAGUGGCCCUGGAGAUGGUAAAAUCCGGCUUCUUCCAUGAGAGUGACGCCAAAGUUGUGGGGAAAUCCAUCCGGGACCGGGUCAAUUUGAUAAAGAAGUCCAGAGAGCGACGGCAGCAGCAGCCCCCCUCCACCGCCUCAUCAUCCACGCUGCUGACAGGAGGUCAGGUGAUCGCAGCCGCAGCAGGAGGGGGCGCUCCAGAGUGCGAGGAGCUUCCCGAGGUGGACCAGCAUGUGACCCAGCUGCAGUUCUUCAGUGGAGCCACCCUGACCAUGCCAGAAGCAGAAAGCGUUGGCUCAGCCGGCUGUGACUCAUUUACCAGUGGCCAGAGUCAGGCUAUCUCUCAUCAGGGAGAGUCGCACACCCUGGCCAGGAGUGCUCCACCCCCCGCUGCUCCCGUCCGGCCCCUCGGCGAGAGCGGCGGUGUUUCGACUGGUCGGAGCGUGAAUCUGCCUGGUGUGUCGGCAGGCCACAGCGGAGGAGCAGCUCAGACCUUCCUUCAGCCUGGCACCGUGGUUCCACAGGUAUCCCCCAGUGUACCUCAGCACUAUUAUCAGUCGCAAACAUUCCCAUCAGAUGCAUUUCAAAGCUCCCACGUCCCUGGUGCCAUGGCCCCCUCUCAGUCGUACGUGCACUCCGUCUCCCCACACGCUCCCAUCACUGUUCUCACGACAUCCAUGUCAGUUGGUGAUCCUGCCGGACUAGCAGGCGCCGCAGUGCCGCUUGUUCCGCCGGCGGCCCCUCCCAUUCAGCUUACUGACAUCACUCCCCAGGCAGCAGCAAUACAGCCUCCCGUGAUCCCCCAGGCUAUUGUUCAGCACCAACACGCUGGAAUGGAUCCGCAGAUCUCCACCCUGAAACAGCAGAUGGACGUUCAGGCUGCUCUCCAAGAGCAUCAUGUCGGUGGCCCUCUGCCUCCUGUCGAGCAGUACCAUCAGAGCCUCCCCGCGUCUGCUCUGAAGGCACAACCGGCCGACACGCAGCAGCAGGUCUAUGGGCAGCCGUCGUCAGCGCCGGUCCACUUCCCUCCUCAUCAGCAAGUGCUGGCCACGCACAUGGAGCCGGGUGUCAUGGCCGUACCACAGCCAGGAGAACCUCCAGCGGCUCAAGGUCGACCCCCGGUGACUUUCCUCCAGCAGCAGCCAGCUCUGUUGUUGGAUCAGAACCAGGCCCACACCCAGCAACAGAUGGACCAGCAGACGACUCUGCUGCACCAGCAGAUCCAGAACCCGCAUCAUCUGGAGCAGCAGCAAGCCCUUAUUCAAAGACAAGGGUCGGACCAGCCGGUGCUGACCCAGGAGCAGCAAUCGCUUUUACAGCAGAGGCCACCAGAGCCGCCCCAUCAGCAGUUAUAUCAGCCCACAGAGAAGCUUCCGGCUGGAAUCCAGAUGGAGCCACAGAACCAACAGCAGCUUGUCUAUCCUCUGCAGAUAGAGCAGCACAUGCAUCAGCAGGCCUUGCUCCAACAAGUGGAGCAGCAGCAGCAGGCUCUUCUGCAGCAGCACCUGCAGCAGCAGGUGAUCUUACAGCAGCAGCAGCUGCAGGAGAAGGCACAGCUCCAGCAGCAGCAACAAGAGCAGCAGCAAGUGCAACUCAAACAGCAAAUGGAGCAGCAGCAACAGGCUCUGUUUCAGCAGCAGUUGGCGCAACAGCGGCAACAAGUUCUUCUUCAGCAACAAGCCGAGAGGCUGCAGAAACAGGCGGUGAUCCAGCAACAGAUUCAAGAGGAGCUCCAGCAGCAGGCAGCAAUCAUUCAGCUGCAGCAAGCCGAGAAGCAGGACGCUGCUUUCAGUCCACACAGCAGCAGUGAGCAGCAAAUCCAGCUGAACCCCCCGCUGUGUUUACCCCAAAGCCCUCCAACGGGACUCCAUCUGGUGGAGCAGCAACAGCCGUCUGCAGUCCUUCAGCAGCCUGCGUGCGUGACUUUUUCUCAAGCCCCGGGUUCCAUAGUCCUGCCCACACCUGCCAUGAUGACGGCUCAAGUUCUUGCCCAUCACGUCCAAAGUGAAGCCCAUGCCCACAACCUAGGUCAGGUACCAGUCCAGUUGGCAACCCAGUCAGCUGUUGCUCAUCCAGUGGAGGUGAUUUGUGGACAAACCCCACCGAGUUACUCUUGUCCCGGAGUUCCUCCUGAUACCCGGGUGGCUUCUCCACUGGUCGUCCCGACGGUGCAGCCUCCAGCAAGUCUCCCACAGCCUUCCCAAGGUCAGACUGAGUUCCAGAUUCUUGGGCAGCAAGCCCAUGCGGCACCAUAUCCUGGUCUGCAUGAGUCUCCAGUUCAUCGCCAGGCAGUGGUGGUGCUGCAGCCUCCGCUCCAACAUCCGACUCCAAGUCUUUCGGCUCCUGUGCAUGUGACCCCUCAGUACAUCCAGAGCCAGCAGCCGGUGCCAAUACCUCACCUCCCACAGCUGCAUCAGGCCCAGUUCAGCCCACCGGCCUUGGUUGAAGGUGCUGCCGUUCCCGUGCAAUACCCUGUGGAGCAUCCGAGACAUGCUGACCCACCACGUCAGAUAGACCUGCCGUCACUGGCUCCAGCCCAGCCGCAGCCUUUAGUGAGCCCUGCUGACCCGCUGGUGCAGCCCAUCACUCUGCAGACUGCUGAGCCACUGAGGCUGACUCAGAUUCAGCAGCUUUGUGCAGUCCAGCCCAUCCCAGCAGCAGUCCAGCAGCAGCUGCCUUUGACCGCGCCGUGUCAGCCUGCUCUACAUCAAGUCACCCAUCCGGCCGUGCAGCUCGUGCCCAGUAGUGUGGCGGAUCUCAUUGCUCAGAGCAGAGUCCCUUCUGCGAGCAGCCAUGCAGCUGCAGGCCCCGCCCCCUCCUCCCAGCAUCACCACGUGGUCCCAGCACUCACGCACACGCCAACCACCUUUCAUUCUCUUUCACUCCAAGAUACAGCUGAGCAACCUGCCGUGCCCUCUGCUGCCUUUCCUGCCCCCCAGAUCCCUUCAAGUCCUACUCACACCUCGUGUCUCUCAUCAUCACUCCCACCCCUCCACCCUGCUCCUGAGCCUCCUACAUCUCCGGCAGCAGCCCCCAUAAGCUUACCAGGGCUGGCCUCCCCGCCGCCUGGCACCACUCUAGAGUCGCUUGACUGUCAUGCCCCAAAACUGCCCCAAGACUCGCUGCCAGGCUGUGACUCUUCCCUGCUGCUGACAGCUCAGGACUGUCCAUACCUGUCAAAUUCAGAGCGUCAUUCUUCUGCCGGGUCUGGACCAGCAAACGGAGAAGAAAAUGUUCAACCUCUUGCCAACGGGAAAUUGGACAGGCUGAAGUCUCAGAGGAGAACAUCCUGUCAGAGGCCUGAAAAAGUCUUGCAUCAGUUCCAACUCAGCAUGCUGCAGGUGUCGGCCAGCGGAGACAACAUGGUGGAGUGUCAGCUGGAGACUCACAGCAACAAGAUGGUGACCUUCAAAUUCGACGUUGAAGGGGAUGCGCCCGAGGACAUCGCCGACUGCAUGGUGGAGGAAGACUUUGUGCUGGACGUAGAGAAGGAGAAGUUUGUGGAGGAACUUCGAGCCAUCGUGACAAAAGCUCAGGACAUUCUUCAGACUCAUUCAGAGACGGGAUCUUUGGACCAGUUACAUGUCAGCACGCCCUCCAGCUCAUCAAUAGACUCAGUGGCCCAUUCCUCCCCGGUGGGACGGUGGCGUUUCUUCAUCAACCAGACCAUUCGCCACAGAGAUUCCCUGUCCAGCCAGGGCACCGCCGACACCAAAGUGCCCCACAAGGAAGUGGAAGGAUCUCUUAGCCAGGAGUCACUGAACAGGGUGUCCUCUCCCCCCUGCUCUGCCUCCUCGCCUCCAGUCUGUACAGUCCCCGCUCCUGACAGCAUGGCUCCCUCCGCACCCGUGUCCGUGUCCGCUGGCUCUGCUGCCCAGUCUGCCGGUGCACUCCCACUGCUCAGUCGAUCAGCUGUCCACACUCCAGCCGCUGCAGGUCCGAGCGUGUGUGCGCAGCUGCCUCCUCUUCAGGCCCCGGUGGGCCAGCUCGACCAGCAGGUGACUGGUCCGGCUCCGCCGCCGCCACAGCUGCAGCAGCUUCUUGGAGCACAACUGCACCUGCAACAGCUGCAGCAAACCUCUCCAGAGGUCGCUGCCACCCCAGAGCCAGUGCCGCAGUUGGCCCCUCCGCUGUCUCAUCCUGCCCCGGUGACCAGACCCGCCGCGCCUCAGCAGCAAGUCAUAGCUGCCUCACUCAAGACGGAGCAGAGCCAGCCUCAGCCCAGUGUUCAGGCCGCAGUGCAGCCGCAGGUCCCGGUCCCGACACCAGAACCAGCCCUGCAGCCGCCACCGAGGCCAGAGCCAGACUUGCUCCACAAGCAGUCGUCUCUGCAGCAGUCGGAGUCGGAGCUGUCGACUGGAGAAGCUGGUGUCGCGGAGGACGCCAGCUCUGCUCCUCCACCCCCUUCCUCCGACUCGUCCCUGCCACCGCUUCACUUGUCUGCAACUGAACCCUCUCUGCCUCCCAUCUCCCACGCCCUGAGCCCAUCACCCGCACAGCCUUCUUCUGUGGCCGAGUCUGACAGCGAAGGGCCGCCCAAGAUUGAGUUUGUUGACAACCGGAUUAAGACUCUAGACGAGAAGUUGAGGAACCUUCUGUAUCAGGAGUACAGCGCUGGAGCCACGCCAGCCUCCGCCUCCACGUCUGCAGUCGGGGAAGAGUCUUCGGAAACGCUCCCCCCUCUGCACCCUCUCUCCUCCUCCGACACCUCCCCACACACAUCCUCCUCCACCACCUCCUCCACCACCUCCCGCUCCUCCUCCACCACCCCGGAUCCUGAGAAGGAAGAGGAGCUGGCUCCCUCAGAAGUCGCCAGCCUUCCUGUCCCCUCCACCUCCCUGCCUUCACCUCCUCAGGACUCCACCGGCUCUCCACGCCCACCUGUUCCUGGAGAACCCACCAUUGUUGCUGUGAGCCCUCGCUCCGACACUGGUGCCACCGCAGGAGCACUGCAGCCCGUCGCUCCGCAGCUGAUCCCUCUGCAGCACAGACCGCCGCAGCUGAAUGCAGGAGGUGGAUAUUUUGGCCUAAACCUGACAUGUCCUAGUAUCAGAAAUCCGGUUAGCAAGAAAUCCUGGACUCGCAAAUUCAAAAACUGGGCGUGCAAACUGCGCCACUCCGCCAGCUUGUUCAAGAAGCCCAGAGUCCAGCAAGGUAGCGUCUAUUUAGGGGAAGGUCGGCAUCGGAACACACUUGGCGAGGAGAAGCCGGCGAGUCCAGAGGCUCAGACACAGACACUCAAAGGAAGAUUUCAGGUGACGCCGGUGCCCUCCUCCUCCUCCCCCCCUAAAGACUCACCACUGGGCAGGAGGGUGGGACGCUUCUCUGUGACGACAGCUGAGACCAGGAAAGAGGAGCGCCACAGCUCCCCAGCAUCUCCUGAUCUGAUGAAGGAGAGGAGGAGGUCUCGGACCAAAGAAGGAGAAAGAGAAGAGGGGAAGAGGCCCCAGGCGCUGCUUCCCUUGCCAAGAGAACACAACCACUCUCCCCCUCGCAGCAGCGACGACGAUGAGAGCGAGUUGGAGGACGAAGACCUCAGGAAGGAACUGCACAAACUCAGAGAGAAGCACAUCAAGGAGGUGGUGUCUCUUCAGGCGCAGCAGAACCGAGAGCUGCAGGAGUUGUACCGGCAGCUUCGCUCCAUGAAGGGCCAGCGCCAGAGUCUGCCGGCCGCCCUGUGCAGGACGCCUCCUCUGUCUGCCGCGCUGCCCGUCCACUCUCCACGCAGACCCCGGCCCGGCAAGAUCAAGCUGCGGCCGCGGCCUCACUCUCACAUGGACAACAACGGAGUUACACACUCGGGACUGUCGAGCAGUUUCUCUGGCAGAGAGCAGAGUCGUGUCCCUGCCGCCCCCAGCACCGGCUCCCAGAGCUCCUCCACGCAGCGCGAUCACAGUCCUGCCAAACCAAGCACCUUCACCGACGAGCUGCACAAGCUGGUGGACGAUUGGACGAUGGAGUCGGCAAGCCCCGCCCCCUCCAAACUCUCCCUCAAUCAGAUCAAGCUGAUCCAGCAAGUGCAUGAGUCAGGAGGCUGGAGUCAGCUGACGGAGGUGUUUCCUGCUGCAGCAGUGGCUCCUCCCCCUGCCCUGGCACCCUCGGACCUCCACACCAGCGUCUCUUCGCUCCCCCAUGCUGGACAGGCCCAGGCACUUCAGCAGAGUCUCCACCAGUCGCCCGGGGCUCUGGCCCUCCCUCAGGUGUCAGGCCCACACCUGCCACCGACCCCUUCGGCUCCCUCGGCCGGAGUCACCACAGCACCCCCUGAUGGUGGCCCCUCCUCGUCCUGUUCUAAUGCUGCUAUACCUGCCGGUGCCAAACUCCCCUCAGCCCCUGCCUCCACUCUCCCUCUGGGCCAGAAGUGAAACCACUGUGAAGUCUGGACUGGACCCACUGAUGUGUGCAUGCGCGUGUGUGUGGUGGUGGCACUGCCGGGUCUGGAUCAGAAGGAGUUCGAAUGUGAGGGAGGACUCUGGGACGUCCGGACGUGGCUCUUGUGUGAGUAGAUGUCCACCAAAGUGUGUGUGUGUGUGUGUGUGUGUGUGAGUCUGGGGGCGAGAGCCAACUGCUGCAAAAAUAUUUUUUUUUAACUGUGGACUGACCCGAGGAGCAGAGUGCCGCCGGGCUGCUGACGUCACGCAGCUAAAGGACUAUCACCAUUAAAAGUGCAAUUAUCAGUGAGGCCCAGUGUGUUGGGGCAGCGCACGGACGAGGCUCACCACCUUUGCUUGACCUUACGAAGCCUUCGGCCUGCGGCACCAAGUGUCUCGCUUACAGCAGCAUGUUGCUCGCUACUGCACGUGCUCAGGUCUCAUCUGAGGACGAGGCUGCGCCGGUCUCUGUCCACACUCGCAGCACAAACCAGCCUCGGACUGUGGUGACCAAACAGAGCUGAGCCAGAGGGCAGGAAGCUCUGUUUCAUGUCCAAUCCGCUUCUGAGGAGGAGCAGCAGCAGACUGGUUACCUCCGGUGUGUCAUGUGAUCCGACUCUCUUGUCAUGGCGGUCGACAGUCUCUAGGUUCUGCCGUCAAGCUUUGCGGAAGUGGGCGUCUGCUGAUAUCGUUGUAGAUCCCCAGGUCACCACUGGGUGGCGCAAAACAAAAACGUACUGUAUUUAAAUCAACGUUAGGUGUGUUGAUAAUCAGGCUUUAGCGUGUAAUAACACACACAGGAAAAGCACAGUUAUCAGGGGACCCUAAAAUAAUGCAUUUUAAUUCUCGAACAAGAAGUUUUUUUCCUUGAAAAUCAACAGUUUUAAUCAGAUCAGUUUUAAUCUAAAAAAUGUGUAAAAUAGCAUUUUAAUUCUAAUUAAUAUGAAUGUAUUUUUCUCUGAAGAAUCUUAAGCAAUUACUUAAAAUGGGACGGGUUGUUCAGAAAAUCCAAACAGUGUUUAUAUUUCCAUUUUAACCUGUUGUUUACAGAAUAUCAUCAUCAAUGUGCUUCACAACUUAACAGCUCUGUGAAACCAACAUCUGAAGCGAAUCGUUGUUCUAAUAAUGAGUCUAAAAGAGGUUUGUGUUCACUUGCGGAACCGAUUCAGAUGGGCAGGAGAGAAGUGCGCGAGGGCUGUGAAGAGAGAGGUUGGACAGGACGCAGUGGGCUGAUGUGAAGCUGGAGGAAGGAGCGGCGUGCGGGGGAGGCUGACUAGGGACGGAGAGAGAGAGCGCGUAUAUUUUUUUUACCUUGAACUGUUGAGGUGGAUGACAGCGGGGCAGCAGCAUGUCCGCCACCGGAGCGUUCGUCUGAGCUCAGGAGCCGGAGGUGACUCGCAGGCUCCACAGAGACGUCGGCGGCUCCUUCAGCCUCAUGUACACGGUACUAAUUCAACUGUUGAUUCAUGUUUUCUAACGAAUGGAAAUAAAUGAUGUCAAACAUCCGCCCUGCGUCCUUCUUCAGUCAGUGAACCUGCCCCAACUAUAUGACCGGGGACAGCGAGAGGACACUGGCAGA